GAUCAUAAGAUUUCUGAAUUCGAUGUUUUUAUUAUUCAUAAGUGUUCCCUUAUAUAUAUUUAGUUUACAAUGAGAUAAUUAUUGUCUUGUAAAUAAACUAACUUAGAUAAUAUGGAUGAUAACACAGAUAUAAUGGUAGAGCCUCUACCGUUACUGGGCAUCUGUAACCUUUGCUUGCACGAUGGAGUAGUUAAAAGUAUGCUAAUAAAAUACGAACAUGAUGGAAUAGCUGAAACAUACAUUGAAAUGCUGUUAAAAUGUUUCUGUAUAGAUGUACUUUCAGUAGAUCUAGAAGAUACAAAGCGGCUUAUCUGUUAUUCCUGUAUUGAUGAGUUACUGCAUUUCAUGAAGUUUAGAGAGAAGGUUGAGACAUCAUUGAAAUCAUUAGAAGCUACUGUAAAACUGCAAAAACAAAAACUGACCGGUGUAAAAGAGGAACUGGUUAUUGAAGAUUUGAUAAAAGAAGUGGAUGACAAUGAUUCAGAUAAUCAUUUGGAUUCCUUGGAUACAGUAUGUGAUGUGAAACAAGAGUUGGAAGAACUAAUGCCUGAUGAGACAGAUGUAGAAAUGUUAAUAAAAGGUGAAGACUCCGAUGAAUAUAUACCUAAAAGGACGCGACGUAAAACUUUAACACACAAAAAGAAACUUUAUUCAAUAAAAAAUAACUCAGAUACAACAGAAACUGAAUGUAUGUUGAAAUCUGGUUUAUUCCCAUUCAAAAUAUAUAAAGAUAAAACAUUUUCAUGUGUAAUUUGUCCAAAGAAAUCGACAACAUUAGAUGAUAUAAAAGAACAUGUAUCAGAACAUAAUAUUUCAAAUAUACAUAUAGCUUUUAAAAAGAUAAGCUCAUCGAAACUACAAACGUUUUAUAAAAAUUCAAACAAAUUAAGAUGUAAAUUAUGUAAAACAGAUAUAUCUGAUUACAAUGAAUUAAGAGAACAUAUAGAUGUAUGUACACGUUUAAAAUCGAACAGAUGGAGUAAGUUGCCAUUUAAAUUGGAAAAAGAUCAAUUAGAUUGUCCGAUAUGUAAUAAAAGAUUUUUAAAUUUCGUCAAUUUAAAUACACAUAUGAAUGUACAUUAUCCGAAUCAUAUUUGCGAGAAUUGUGGCAAAAGUUUCGCAUCACAAGCGAGAUUACGUGGUCAUAUGAGAACACAUGAAUAUGGCGACUUCCCAUGUAGAUAUUGUGAUGCUGUGUUCGAUAGAGUGACCAAAAGGGAGAAUCACGUAUCAAAAGAACACAAAUCUGGUCUUAGAUAUGCAUGUAAACGUUGCAAUAUAUCUUUAUCAUCAUUUUAUACAAGACAAAAACAUUUAGCUGAAGUACAUAAUGAAGAGUUGAAAAGAUAUAAAUGCAAAGCUUGCACACAAAGUUAUAUAACACCGGGACAUUUAUCUAGUCAUGUAAGAAGGGAUCAUUUGAACGAAAGGAAUCAUAAAUGUGAUAAAUGCGAUCUGGCAUUUUAUACAAAGAAUGCAUUAAAGAUGCAUAUGAUAAAGCAUGAUGGCGAAAGAAUACAUAUAUGUCAUAUUUGUCAGAAAUCAUAUCAAAGAUUGAAAACAUUAAGGGAACAUAUGAGAAUUCAUAAUAAUGAUAAACGUUUUAUAUGUCCUAUAUGUGGAAGGGCUUUUACACAGAAAUGCACGUUGAAAGGUCAUCUCAAAGUACAUGAUAGAAAAAUAGAUGAUACGAGAGUUGAGGAUGAUAUGUGCACAGGUAGAGCUCUUGUUAUAUGUAGAAUAGAAGCACCUACUACAGGUGUUUAAGUGAACA